AGUGACGCCUUCUCAGUCCCCAUCGGUUAAUUUCGGUACUAAACCUCAAUUUGCAAAACCAAAUAAAACAAUACAAAUUUUUUUUAUGAUCAUUUAAUCAAUUAACAAAUUAGUUUGCAAUGUUGAAAUUCCAAUUUAUUGAUUCAUUAUUUAAAAAUUUUCUAACCUCUAAAAAAUCAGUAUCAUCGUCAUUGGUUCGACAGUUGUGCAAUGAAAUCAAAAAAGAUCAAAACUCGCAAACAGAAAUUACUGACGAUAAAAAUAUAAUAAAUGCAACAGAAAGUGAUGUCAUUGCUGAAAAAUUAACUGAUAAUAAUGAGAAUAAUCAAAAAAACGAUGUCAAUUUAACUGGGUUUGCUAAAGCAUUUGAUAAAUUCAAUGAACCUGAACCCAAAGUUGUUGAAAAAGAGCUCACGUUUGCAGCUCUACUACGUCAUUCUCCAUUAAUUGAUUUGGGUGAUCCCAAAGGCAAAGUAGUUCCGGGAACAAUCUUUCAUGUCGUUGGGGAUGAUUUAUACAUUGAUUUUGGCUGGAAAUUCUAUUGUGUGUGUCCUAGACCUUUUAAAAAUGGAAAACAAUAUAUAAAAGGAGCAACAGUGAAGCUACGAAUAAAGGAAUUGGAAUUAUCAACCCUGUUUUUAGGCGCAAGCAAAGAUUUAACUAUCUUAGAAGCUGAUUGUACAUUAAUCGGACUAAUAGAUUCACCAAUGAAAAAUGUUACUGCUAGUAAAUUACAAUAAACGUAAAAUUUUAUAAAUA